UGACAUAUUGACUCAGAGGGACGAGGUGCAUGCCACACUUUGUAGAUUUUUAUUUGAAAAAUAUCCUGCAAAGCAAGCAUUUUUGCUCCAUUUUACAAUUACUUUCUUACAUUGGUGUACAAAUAUAAAAUGUGUUGAUGUUUGUGGUGGCAGGUAAAGUUUGAGGGGUUUGAAUUAUUGAGUAUUAUUCUGGAGCGGCUUUGAUAAAUUGAGGACAAAACUGUGCACAGACGGACUUCAAGGACUUCUCUAACUAAGCUCGUUUCCCCCCAAUCCUACAAAAGCUGGCUUGAGCUGAUAAACUGGCUAAUAUGGAGCAACAGUUCCAUUGGCUCUGACACCAGACUGAGAUGAAUUGCUUUUCCUAUCAGGAAUUAGGGUCUUCUGCCGCCAGGAAGUUUCUAAAAGCAGGUCAGCGUCAUUAAGCGGACGGCGUGUGUUGCGCUCGUCUCUGCUGUCCCUGCGCACUGGAGACUCUCCCCACACCAUUCCCCAGUGUUUUGGUGCUCAGUGCUCACACCUGAAGUGGCAGAGCCGAGCUCAGAGCGCACAGAGCUGGGUUUGAAGAGCCAGACAGCGGGGAAAGAUCUAUGCAGGGAGGAAGGAUGCGCGCCUAUGGCGAGAGUUGGACGGGUUCGUUGUGAAUGAAUUUCUCCUCUUGGGAGCUCCGUUUAUUUAAAAAAAGAAAUCACACGCGUUAAGCGUUUCUGCGCGCUGCCCUGCCUUCCCGCCUGCCGUCCGAGGCUCUUCGAAGCACCAUGCGAGCCGGAGAGACGCGCCUUGUGCCAUGUUGAACAGCUCCCCGACCCUCCUGCUGGCUCUGACCGCGGUGGCCGCACUUCUCCCGCCAUGCCGAAGCUGGAGCGACGAGGACCUCCUCCUGCCGCCCAUCAACUCCUCCAACAGGUUCAUGGCCAACCUGGAGGUGGACGUGCGCUUCUCCAAGAGGUCCGUGGAGGAGAGCGACGCCUCGCCCGAAGCAUCCCCGCUGCAGAGCCUCGCUCCCGCGCAGUCCCAGUGCAACGUGACGGUCCACAGGCUGCUGCCCACCUCGCUGGUGGCCCGCUGGGACAGCAGCUUCGGCUUCCAGUGUGACGUGCUCGUCUACACCACCAACAACCACGGCAGGGCGUUCUUCUCCGCCUCCUUCAACCGGGCCAUCUCACCCGUGGUGAUCGAGCACCUCGGGGUCACCGGGGGUCAGCAGGAGAUGAGGCUGUGCGUGGGUUGCGGGAUGUCCCGGUACCGCCGCUUCGGCCAGGGCAGGUCGAGGGGACAGCAGAGCGGGGACCAGGUGGCUUUCUGCUGCGUGGAUUUCAGCCUGGACGAGCUGAGGGGGGACAAAAGUUGGAGGCUGAACAGGAAGCCCAUCGAGUCGACACUUGUGGCUUGUUUCAUGACUCUGGUCAUCAUCGUGUGGAGUGUUGCUGCUCUCAUAUGGCCGGUACCGAUCAUUGCAGGGUUUCUGCCUAACGGUAUGGAGCAGAGGAGACCCAGAUAACUGAGAAACCCACGCCAUUAAAGGGCUAUUCCGCUGCAUUUAACGACCCCUGCCGUCAUAAAUCUGAAUAAUAAGAAAGGUCAAAUUUCACCAAGAUUAUUUUAGAUUUAUUGCAGUCUAUCAAAUACAAUUUGGGAUUUGUGAAACCUUUGUGAAAUGUCAUGAAUGAGCAUUUUUAAGGCUUAUUUUCCAUGAGAACCCCUCGCAAAUCACACCACCAAGACGAUUAUUCUAGCUUUACGAAGCCUGUAUUUAAUACAUAAAAAACAUUAAAUACAGACUAUGUAAAACAUAGUUUCUGAUUGGUUGCUUCAGUUUUUAAAAAAUAAAGAAAAGAAACUAUUUUGAGGUUUGUUUUGACAUCACUAAGUUAAUGUUCAAACUGGAUCACGUUUGAUAAAUCAUGCCACAUAGACAGCUCAAACCAGGACAUGACUAUUGUAAGACAUAUUUUAUAAAAUAUAAGCUGUGGUUUUGCAGUCCUAGUUGUUUCUCUGUCUAAAAAAAAGAGACAUUUCAGUAUUCUCCCUUUGCUCAGAGACCAUCUGACCUGGGCUCCAGCUUGAAGAUUACAAAACCUGAACAAUUAAAUCCUAUAGAGAACAAUCCUACAUUACUGAUAGACAGUGUAUGAUCAGAGGAUUUUCUGAAACCCAGUUUCAGAAAAUGCAGAAAGCAUAGAGCUGUUGUAAGGUUGUUUUAUUUUUGUUUGUUUUAUUUAUUUAUUUUUGCUUGAGACCACUUCAUGCCUUCCUUCCUGACAUUUUAUAAAACAAUUUUACAUUAGUGGUUGCACUAUGUGUAAUUUCUGAUUCAAAUUUGAUUGAAGGCUUUUUUUCCCCAUAAGACCAACUUAUUUAGUUGAAAAGUACACCACUUAAACAGUUCACAUCUGAAUAAAAUAUGUUUUUUGAUAUGUGAGCCCAGUUGUAAAAACAACUUUUUAAAAACUUGAUUUUAAAGCUUCAUUUUGCCUCAGGAUCACCUUAAAUGAGGUUCAUUAUGAAAUGAAACAACUAAAACCUAGAAUUAUUAUACACUGACAACAGACGAGCCUGGACGAGUCCAGACUUUCGCUGUCUGUGUGAUUCAAUUUUCAAGUUGGAGCUCAUGCAAAUUAUUUUUAGACCGUAAACAAAUAAGGUUUCAUGUUUUGUUCCAAAGAUCCCAACAUAUUAUGUUUCUAGAUUCUAUCUUUAGAGCUGCAUAGUUGUGUUCAUGUUCUAGGUAUGUAAUCAUAAAGCUGGAUCUGUAAUGUAAGAUGCUACAAACUUGUUCUUCUGUAAAAGCUUUGAAGAAAAGUUUCACUGAUAAAGUAUCUGUCGUUUAGUGCAGGAUAAUGCUGUAAAAGUCUGAGCUCUCCUGGUGGUGUAAUUUUCUAGCUGUAGCCCAUAUAAGGUGUCCUAGGGUGAAAAAAAGGUACAUUUGAGAUUUUUCACAAAUUGUAUUUGAUAGAUGUAAAACAAUCCAGUUCAAAUCUGACCAGUCUAAGAUUUUAAAUUUCCAUCUAGAGUAGAUCAAAGGUAUUCCUGACUUGUUAAAUGCAGUAAAAUAGCCCAGCCAAGUGCAGUCGGACGCUGACUUCAGUGUGUUGGAAAAAACAAACAAACUUUAAUAUAUGAAUAUAGCCUGUGCUGCCUAUACGAUAACUGUAGCCAUUCAGUAAAUGAAUGUGGAGACCCUCUGAGGUUUGGGUUGAUCUUUUCCCUUUAGACUCCUCCUCUUUAGGACAAACCAAGGUAACGUCUAAUUAUAAUAGCCAAUGGUAAUCUAUACUGGGACCAACACCAAUGUGUUUUGUACACCCUUAUAAGCCUUCCUAGAUAAUGUCAGCGUAAACUGUGCCACCUUCUAUCUUUAAACAGUGUUUGUAUAGUUUUUAAUCUUUUAGACUGUUUUUGCCUUAUUAUAUCAAAUUUAGGACUUUUGCACAGAAAACAACAUUAAAGUGUGCUGUCACUGUGGGAUACUUAACCUAUAAUCAAGCUCUGUAACAUUUAUUAUUUAAUAAAACCAUUAUAAAUACAUGUAGUUAUAAAAAUGUUUUAAUUAUCAUAUUGUUACAUUUCUAAAAGUCUUAUAUAUCUGUUUAUUUGCAUUAAUGUUUCAAACUUUCAAUGAAAUAAAUAUUUAAAUCCUUUAGCCUACUACAGUUUUCUCUGACUGUCUUUCUGUGUUUUAAAUCAGUUAGUUCAAGGCUUAACUCUGUUAUUACAAUUUUUGAAUUAUAUAGAUUUUUUUUCAGCAUGCUCAGUUUGCUGUUUGGUCAUUUUAUUUAUUUUUUUAUUUUUUUAGGAAAACCGUGGAAUUGUAAGUAAAAGAGAUAUUCUAAUAUCAUAAGAUAGUUUCUGUAUGCAAAAAAGAUUAACAAAUUGAGCAGGCUGCUGCUAUUUUUCUUUAAAACAAGAAAAAAAAAUAUUUUCAUGACAGCAGAUUUAAUGUUCUGUUCAAAUGAUAUCAAAAAUCACUUGGUUAUCCUGUUUCUUCUAAGGAAAAUAAUUAAAUAUAAAUUUUAUAGGUUUCUAAAAUCCAGUUUGUCUAUUUUAUUUUAUUAUUUGACUUUUUUCUUGCUCCUUGUGAUGACAUGCGCCUGUCUCUUCUCCCUGUCUUCAUACCUUUCUCCUACCUAGACAAUUGGUUUACCCAAGCUGCCAUUCUACUUUCGUGACAGUCAGUUGCGUGUGCCAAAGUAUAAUGGUCUUUAUCUGUGUGAUCAAUUCGUAAAAAGAUUGUCCCACCUCAGGUCUGACUGACUGCUUUCAGUGUUGCCCAGUCAUCUCAUAGAGAUGCAGCAUUCCUGUAAAAGCAGAAGGGUGUUUUACUGUAAAGAUAACAUGUGACUGAAUCAAUUCCACGGAAUAAAAUCAGGAAAAGGUACCAGCAUUA